AUGCCAUAUACAUAUUUCAAUAAGAUGCAUGCUAUUAUGAUUGAAUUAUCAAAUACGGCCAUUCGAGCUCGUAAAUUCGACUUAGCCAAAUCAGAAGCAAUGCUGCGAAAGAGUAUGGAAUUUCGAAAGGAAAUGAAACUGGAUGAUUUGGUGCAAUCUUAUAAAAUACCUCAGAUCAUACAAGAUUACUACGCAGGCAAUUAUUUUGGUUACGAUAAAGAAGGUUCACCGGUCUUGGUGGAUCCGAUUGGAAAUCUGGAUAUCAAAGGGCUAAUGCAUUGCGUCAAGAAAGAAGAAAUCUGGAAGUACAAAUUGUACAUGGCUGAGAUCGCAACAGUAAAAUUUAAACAACAAAGUAAAAAGCUUGGGCGCCGUAUUGAGUCCAUGACGACCAUUGAAGAUAUGUCAAAUCUGGGAUUAAAACACUUAUGGAAGCCUGCUCCAGCUAUAUUUCCCGUCAUGUAUUCACUUAUGAAGCCGUUCGUUAGCGAAGAAACGAAACAAAAAAUUUUCGUCCUUGGCAGAUAUAUUCUAGAUCUGUAUUGCGCAUCUGAACCAGAAUUUGGAUAUAUCUAUGUAUCUUGUAAGCGUAGUCAUAACAUAUAUAUAUGA